UGAAACCCCAUUGCUACGGUGUUGCAACUGGAGAUUUCCGCUUCGCCGCUGCUAGGAUUCUCUCCUCACUGCCAACACCUCACUGAAAUUAGGGUUCAUAACCUUUGAUCAGUGUUGAUUCUUGUGGUUCAGUUUCUCCAAAUCGGUACCAAUCUUCAAGAUCUCAAAACCCAGAAUCAUUUUUUCGUUAUCUUCCCCUUUGUUGCUUCGUUCAAGUUUACACUUCCAUGCUUCUUCCCACCAAUCCGUCGUUACAGCAAGAAGAAGUAUCACUUUGUUCCACCGCCACCAAAUUCAUUAGUCUAUCAAAGUAAGGAGGAGGAGGUUUGCUUAAAAAGUUAGAGCAUGAGGAUGAUUCUUCUUCCUUCAGACAAGGGAGAGGUUUAUAUACGAGGAAAAAAGCGAGCUGGUUUGACAAGUGACGAGGAGGUUUCAGGGCUUUGCAUUGGCCUUGUGCUGCUACCAAGUAGUGGGCAUUGGAACUUGGAAGAUGGUACUAACUCUGUCGCUAUGGCUAAAGAGGUGAAUCGAAGAAUGUCCAUCUGCGUAUUACAACUGGUAAGGAGAUCAAAGCACAUAUAUGGGAAACGGCAGGUCAAAAAUGUUUCAGUGCAGUCACUUCUGCGUACAGAUGUGCUGUUGGAGCUCUUCUUGUUUACAACAUCAGCAGACUGCAGACUUUUCAGAGGAAAUGCAUUAGUUUCUGAAAUGCAAGGGUUGAUCUUUGGUGAUGUCUUCUUGACCGUCGUCGUCUCUUCUCACCUUUCAUGCGGACAGUUACCUCUCUUGCAGAGAUUCCAGCGAUCUUAGGAUUGUUUUGCAGGUUGAAGAUGAAGU